UUUGUUGCUUGAAAUCCUUAUAAACGUGGACGAUAUUUGGCAUUGAACUCAUUGUCACAUUUUACGAAAGUUUGAGUUUCUUUAUCUUUCGCUUUUCAUAUCAUAUUGCUAUGGAAGGGAAGAUGUUUUGGGGAAAUUACUUGAUAUGGGUGAUGUUACUGUUGGGGCAGAUAUGCGGAUCCAAAAGCUGCAUUGAGAAAGAAAGAAAUGCUCUGUUGGAGCUCAAGAAAUACAUAAUCUCACUUUCUGAAGAAGGGGAAUCCAACGAUCUUCUCUCUACUUGGACUAAUGACACAAAGAACGAUUGCUGCCUGUGGAAGAGCCUUAAGUGCGAUCCUACUAGCGGGCGGGUUAUCCAGCUUUCCAUCAGCUCACUGCGCCUUAAAAAGCGUUCUCUCCUAAACCUUUCUUUGCUGCAUCCCUUUGAAGAAGUUCGAAGUCUGGAUUUAUCCUAUUCGAGGUGCGGUGGCUUGUUUGAUGAUGUGGAAGGUUAUAGAAGCCUAAGAAGAUUAAGAAACCUGGAGAUUCUGGAUCUUUCUUUUAAUUAUUUCAACAACAGCAUCUUUCCUUUCCUUAGUGCCGCUACAUCACUCACAACUCUGUCUCUUAGGAAUAAUGAAAUGGAUGGCUCUUUUCCUGUUGAAGAACUUAGAGAUUUGACAAACUUGGCACUGCUAAACCUAGGUGGAAACAAAUUUAACGGCUCCAUACCAAUAGAGGAGUUCACUGGCUUGAGGAAGCUGAAAGCUCUGAGUCUAAGUAACAAUGAAUUUUCUGGCUCAAUUGAAUUUCAAGGGGUGUGCCAAUUGAAGCAUAUAGAAGAGCUCGAUUUCAGUAAAAACAAACUUGUAGGUCUGUUUCCUAUAUGCAUAACUAGCUUGACUGGACUUCGAGUUCUUGAUCUCUCAUCUAACAAUUUGACUGGGAAGCUACCAUCUGCUCUUGGUGGCCUUGAAUCCCUUGAGUACUUAUCUUUGUUUGAUAACAACUUCGAAAGCGUCUUCUCACUUGGUUCGCUCACCAACCUCUCAAAGCUUAAGGUCUUAAAACUUGGCUCAACUUCCAAUUCGGGUAAAGUAGAGCAGCAAAAACAUUGGAAGCCAAAAUUGCAGUUGAGUGUUAUUUCGGAUAGUUCUUGGAAGCCAGAAUUUCAGUUGAGUGUUAUUUCACUACAAGCUUGCAAUUUGGACAAGGUUCCUCAUUUUCUCCUACACCAGAAGGAUUUGCGUUAUGUUGAUCUCUCUGACAAUAACAUUUAUGGAAAGUUUCCUUAUUGGUUGUUAGAGAACAACACAAAACUAGAGGUUUUGCUUUUACGAAAUAAUUCUUUUAGGAGCUUUCAGCUACCGGAGUCUGAUCAUAAGCAUCUGCUUUGCCUAGAUGUGUCCGUUAAUGAAUUUGAUCAUCUCUUUCCUCAAAACAUUGGGUGGAUACUUCCUGAUUUAAAAUAUAUGAAUCUUGCCAAUAAUGGUUUUCAAGGAAAUCUGCCAUCUUCUUUGGGUAACAUGAAAAAGAUUGAAUUUCUGGAUAUAUCUCAGAACAGUUUUUACGGGAAGCUACCGAAAAGUUUCCUAAAGGGUUGUUAUUCGUUUCGUAUGUUGAAGAUGUCAAAUAACAAACUAAGUGGAGAGAACAUCCUAGAAUCAGCCAACUUUACUCUUCUUUUCUCGUUGUCUAUGGAUAACAAUCUGUUUACAGGAAAGAUUGGAGACGGUUUGCGGAACUCGAGAUCUUUAUCUAUGCUUGACAUGUCGAACAACAGUUUCUCUGGGGUUAUUCCAAGCUGGAUUGGCGAACUUCCAGAUUUAUAUGCACUACUGCUUUCACACAACACACUCGAAGGUGAAAUACCUCUUUCUUUGUUCAAGUAUAAAUCAUCUGGUUUUUAUUUUCAACUCGUGGACCUCUCUCAAAACCAUUUAUCUGGGGGCAUACCUUCACUUGUCAAUUCUAGAUAUCCGAGUGUUUUACUCCUGCAAGGCAAUAAUUUAUCAGGGCUAAUACCUGAGGAAGUACUAGUGAAUGUCACUGUGCUUGAUUUGAGAAAUAAUAGACUGUCUGGAAAUAUUCCCGAGUUCAUCAACCCUUACAACAUUAGUAUUCUUCUUCUGCGGGGAAAUAAUUUAACAGGUCGUAUACCUCACCAGUUGUGUGGCAUAGGCAACAUCCAACUUUUGGAUCUUUCCAACAAUAGACUGAAUGGAUCCGUACCUUCAUGUCUUAGCAACACAUCAUUUGGUUUUGGGAAAGAGGUUAAAUUGGACAAUUCGUAUUAUGAUUCCGGCGUUGUUUCCAUUAUAUACUUCAAUAUAGUUUUCAGAUCUCUGAUCGUGGAAGAUCAGUUUAUAGAGUAUUGCGACGUCGGCACCAAGAUGAAAAUUGAAUUUGUAACAAAACACCGAUAUGAUGCCUAUUGGGGUGGAAAUCUCAAAUUAUUGUUUGGAAUUGAUCUCUCAGAAAACGAGCUAAAUGGUGUGAUCCCAGUAGAGCUUGGAGGUCUUUUGACACUACAAGGUCUCAAUCUUUCUCACAACAACUUAUCAGGUGUGAUACCAAAAAGCUUUUCAGGUCUGAAGAACGUGGAAAGCCUUGAUCUUUCUUUCAACAGAUUACAAGGUCCCAUCCCACCACAACUCACAGAUCUGAGCAGUCUUGCUGUCUUCAAUGUCUCAUUCAACAACUUAUCAGGAGUCAUUCCAGAGGGAAGACAGUUUAACACCUUUGAUACCCAAAGUUACUUAGGUAAUCCUUUUCUUUGUGGGCAAGCAAACAACAUAAGUUGCAAUGGUGAUAUUUUUCAAGAACCAGAUAAUGGAGUGGAAGCUGAUGAAUCCACCACAAUCCACAUGGAAUCUUUCUACUGGAGUUUUGCUGCAGCCUAUGUGACAAUACUUCUUGGGUUACUCGCAUCACUCUCAUUUGAUUCUCCUUGGAGCAGAGUUUGGUUCUACAACGUUGAUGUUUUCGUCCACAAGGUCAGGAAACUGUUGUGA